UUCUCCCACCUUCCAGCGAAACUCCACCGCCGCCACUCCACUCCCCUCCUCCGAGAACCACCCAUGGCCCCCAAGGCGGAGAAGAAACCGGCGGUGAAGAAGCCCGCGGAGGAGGAGCCCGCGGCGGAGAAGGCCGAGAAGGCCCCGGCGGGGAAGAAGCCCAAGGCGGAGAAGCGUCUGCCGGCGGCGGGCAAGACCGCGGCCUCCAAGGAGGGCGGCGAGAAGAAGGGCAAGAAGAAGGCGAAGAAGAGCGUCGAGACGUACAAGAUCUACAUCUUCAAGGUGCUGAAGCAGGUGCACCCGGACAUCGGCAUCUCCUCCAAGGCCAUGUCCAUCAUGAACUCCUUCAUCAAUGAUAUCUUCGAGAAGCUUGCCGGGGAGUCUGCCAAGCUUGCGCGCUACAACAAGAAGCCCACCAUCACCUCCCGGGAGAUCCAGACCUCCGUGCGCCUCGUCCUCCCCGGGGAGCUCGCCAAGCACGCAGUGUCCGAGGGCACCAAGGCCGUCACCAAGUUCACUUCUUCUUAGAUUGCUUCGUAUGUAUGCCUGCUGCUAGUUUAGGU